UUUCCCAUUAACCCCCGCGCUGAGAACGAUUUGAUGGAAAAUGAGGUAGCCAUGUUGGAGUGGUAAAAUCGGGGCUUGGAGAAGCAGCUAUUGGAGAAAGUUGGAGCAAUAUUUUUAGAUUUCUGUUGCGGGGUUUGAGACCGGCGUCGAAUUUCUUCUUGAGCGAGACUGUCGGAUAAAGCGCCACGAUGAGCGGAGGAACGCCUUAUCUUGGCAGCAAAAUCAGCCUGGUGUCGAAGGCCGAGAUCCGCUACGAAGGGAUUCUGUACACCAUCGAUACUGAGAACUCCACAGUCGCACUGGCGAGAGUUCGUUCCUUUGGCACGGAAGACCGUCCCACCGAUAGGCCUAUCCCGCCCCGAGAUGAGAUCUUUGAGUACAUCAUCUUCAGAGGCAGUGAUAUCAAGGACCUCACAGUAUGUGAGCCCCCCAAGUCAAGUGCUCCUCCGCAGGACCCAGCCAUCGUCCAGUCUUCCUUGGGCUCUGCUCCACCGCCUGCUCCAGCCACUGCCUCUGCCCCGUUCCAGUCCGCCGGCUCCUAUGGCCUCUUCAACAGGGCCCCCGCGCCUUCCUACAACCAGUUCAGCAGCGGCGCCUUGGUCUCCCCACAGUUCGGCGCUGUUGGCGUCGGCCGUAGCAGCCCCAAUCUGGACCCCCUGAGGAAGAGCCCCACGCUAGAGCAGGCCGUGCAGACCACCUCCUCAGCCCCCACCUCCUCCUCCUCCACUACAGUGCUGCCCGCCCCCGGCCUGGCCCUCAGGAGCCCGGCCCACGGCCGCACGGCGCCCACCAUGGCCAACCAUGGCACGCAGAAGGCCCCGCACCAGGAACGCCUGGACCCAAGGCGGGGUGAGCCUGUCAGGGGAGUCCGCAGCAGCCAGGGCUGGCCCGCGCCCCACCCCGCCUCAGCAGCGCACAACGCUGCUCUAGAUAGAGCUCCCGCCGCAGGGCCGUUCCACUCUUUCUUUAACUCGUCAGCAGCUGCAGGGCCCCCACCCAACCGCCGCGGGCGAGGGGGUGGUCACCGGGGUCGGGGGCGCUUCAACGUGCGCCGGGACGGGCCGGUGAAGUUUGAGAAAGACUUUGACUUUGAGAGCGCCAAUGCCCAAUUCAACAAGGAGGAGAUCGACAGAGAGUUCCAGAGCAAGCUCAAGCUGAAAGACGAUAAGGUCGUCAAGACGGAAAAGGCGGUGAACGGAGAGGAAAAGCCAGACUCUGGUUUGGAGCCCCAAACCACCGAGGGUCCUGCCGAGGAAGAGGGGGAUCCCCUGGGACCCAACUGUUACUACGACAAGACCAAGUCUUUCUUCGACAACAUCUCCUGUGACGACACCAGAAAGGCGAACGAGAAAUCGGGCAUUUCUGUUUUCCCAAGGGAGCGGCGACAGACCUGGGCAGAGGAGAGGCGGAUGAACGCAGAGACCUUCGGCAUCCCCAUGCGGUCGAACCGCGGCCGCGGGGGCUACAGGGGCCGCGGCGGCGGCGGCGGCAUGGGGUUCCGCGGGGGCAGGGGUCGCUCGGCCAGCCGGGGGUCUUUCGGACCUCCCCACGGAGGAGGAUACAGGGGACUUUACAGAGGCAGCCAGGGGGGACGGGAGUUUGGAGACCUCCCGGAAUUCAGGAAGGACAGUAAAGUGGCUGCGUAGCCCCAGAGAGGAAGGAUCCGCGCAGAGGUGCAAAGCGCUUCACACUUCGUCACAGAGAAAGAAAAAAAAUUAAAAAAAAUGGUUUUUGCUUUUUGUAACCUUGAUUAAAAGAAUGAAGAUUGUGUACUAGCUAUAUAUUUGUCACCAGCACUGGGGUAGACUGCUCGAAUGAAGCCUUCCUUUCCUUAUAGUUCAGACGCCUGUCCAUCGGGAAACAAACUGAAGUCCCAAUUUCUGCUAAUAUUAAUAUUUCCAGGAGACUGAAAAGUUGUGUGUAACUCAUAUUUCAGAGGGAUGUUAGUAUUUUUGUUCAGACUUGUACUCCAAACCAUUUAUUUUAUUUUAAAGUAAGAUAUUCCCCUUUAAUGUCACUCCCAAAGUUAACUAAAACUCUGAAUUAUUUUCUUUUCUCCACUUCAUAUUUUAACCUGUAGUUAGUACCCCAUUAACUACCCUCACUUCCAGUCCUGGUUUUCUUUAUUCACCCGAUCCUCCAAACGAUGCUGCCCAUACUGUUUAUAUACCUUCUUUUAGCUCAUGUUCAUAUUUACUUCUGGUAUCAACUACGGGAUAGAGCUUCACUACUGGUCGCAUUAUGGUACAGGAAGGCACUUCCUUUAAGAUUUCACAGGCUCUCUGCUGUCUAUUUGUUCUUGUUGUGUAACCAACCAGACUCAAGGCCAUAAGGGGCCAUGUGUCAAUGGUCAAUCACUACAGCUAAGCCCCGCUGCUAAACAUGCGGCCGGGGUGAGAUGCAGUAGCUUGUUCUUUUGAUAGUUUGGUGUUAAAUGGCAAGCUAGAGCAGAUCAUCUCAAUGGGCUCCCCUGCCAAAAAAAGCCAGUUGAAGCUGACUGCACUUUGUGAAUGGGGAUUUGCGUGUUUUUAUUCUUUGUACCAUUAUUUGUAAUUGGAGAGGUCUUACAGGCACAAUAAAUUGUAUAAACUGUUGGGAUUUCAUUAUUCCCUUGUAUAUCAAACGGCAAACGGAAAGUGCACAUAGUAAGGCCCGUUUGCAUCUGGAUUUAGUACCCUGCACAGUAAACUGCUUUUCCUUUUAGAAAGGACACUUGCUUGACAAAAUGGUACUGUGCGGUAGUUGACAGUGGUGAAGUUUACAAAAGCGAUGAACAGAACUAUAUAUAUAUAUCAAAUAAGCAAGACUAUUCUGUAUUGAUGUAGCAAGUUCAUUUUCCUAGCGAUGUGGAUAUUUAUUUUGGAAACAUUGAGUGCUUUGGCCCCACUGCAAGGAUUGAUUGCAUAAAUGUUGACAAUGAUUCGAUUCCCCCCCAGUGUAUUAAGUAAUUAUACCAUUAAACAAUUUAGUUGUUUCAAAAAUGUUAAGUUGUACCACAGCAUCUCUAUGAGUAAAUGAUAGGGUUGAAAAGCCCACUGCUUAUGCCCUGUUAAGGACUCGCUUUGUAACUACAUCUUGAUUCUACUCCUCUUGCUUUAUUAUGAAGAUGUCUGCAUACAUUUUUGCACCAGAAAGGGGAAAAUACUUAUAUUUUCAGGAAAGAUGUAAACUUGACAUGCAAAGCUACCUUUAAAGCACGUAACUAUACUCAGAGAUGUGCAAAGCUUUUCUUGAUCUGCCUUAAAGCUAUACAACAACUCAUGAUUUUACUUAUAGGAACUGAGCAAGAUGAACCAUUUUUUGUAUGAUUUAUUAAACAACCUUAGUAAUUGAAAAGCAGUUUUUACUCGGCCACGAUGACUUGAUGGCUUAUAAAGUACUUAUUUAUUCUCUGUUAAGGCAGUAAACACUGAUUGAAUUCCUGUUUUACACAUGGAAAUUUGGAUGAUGUCAACAUUAUGUGAUCCAACAAUAAAACCCAUGUUUAAUCAUUUCCCAUACAUCAUAUUGCUGUGAUUAGAUGUAGACGCCUUGCCAAUUUGUUCGGUGGUCUAACUAAAUGCUCAAUUGUCCCAAGAAUUACCUAGCUGAAGGUUCUUUUCAACUGCUUCAGUGCUGCAACACAUUUCAGCAAGAAAGUACACAUUUCACACCCUUGGCAGAAAGUGGCCCUUCAAUGUUUAUUUCUCUAUUCAUGUGUUGUUGGGAUGAAAAUGUUUGCAAAAAAAUGACAUGGGCAAAACCAAAAUGUUUUCGACACUAGGCUUGUUGACAAAAGAAGAACUGAAAAAGAAAAUGUUUGAGCAUUGACUGUUGAUGCCAUGGCCAAAUACAGAUGUGUGUGUGUGUGAAUGAGUGUGUGAGAGGAUGUUGAAUGCCUGACUUAUAAUAAAUCACACAAACAGUGCUGUACAAUGGGCACCACACUGCAUGGUAGUUCUGUUUAAUGUGAUCAAAAAGGAGAGAUUCUGUUGCAAUAACUGAAUGCUACCAUGUGGAGGUUUUUCUCCGACAGGCCACAGCCCUGACUCUGACCCCGAUGCCUGCACUGCUCCGUGGGGUGCCAGCAACACCUUUUUGUCCUGAAACCCAGCAUGAUGUGCUCCUCUGUGGUUUUUGGUGGACCAAUGUUUUUAUCAAGAGCAUACAAUAAACAGCAAUUCAUUACAA